GUUGUCAUGACAACUUACCAAUCCGGAAGAACUCCACAAGCGCGUCAGCGCACAACAUGGCUGUGAAUCUUACACCAGGUUUGGAGAUACCAGAGCCAUCAGAUUACAGCAGUUGUGAAGAUGAUGAUGAUGCUGUGAAUUAUUUCACAGAUCUGCAUCAGCCUGAUAAAAAUCAGCCUAAGCCUGGGAGAGAGAUCGACAAGCUGUUAAAUAACCUUGUUGACAGUGCAUGGGAAGUUAUAUCAGAGCAGGACAAGAUCGACAAGAAUGCACAAGCAGCGAGACAAAUUCCUGUGUUGAAUGCCACUAAAGAAAUGAAGCUUCCAGCCAGAACUAAUUGUAUUGUGUGCUCUGAGGAUGGACUUUACCUGUUUCUGGGUCACGCUCAUGGUCUGUCAGUCAUCAACUCAUCCACUCUCACAUGUGUCAGAACGUGGAAGAAUGAAAGAGUGGAGCUUACCAGCAUCUCUUGUGCCUCUCUGGGAAACCUCACACACCUCUUAUGCACAGUGGAUGACAUGGGUAUUGCGCGGCUUUUUGUGCAUCAUACGGAGAAUAUUUUUUUAAUAAAAAUCAUCAAUGAAACUGAAGAUAUAAACCAAAGAAACAUCUGUGCAAAAUUUGAAAUGUCUAUAAGAGGGGACUUUGGAGCUACAGUCAUGAUGUCCAGUGGUUCUGUUUGGUUGGAUGUCUAUCGCUUCCCACAGGAUGUGUGGCUCAAAGAGCUGGAAGCAAAACAGGCUACACAAUCUUCUUUGACCACAGAAGCCAAGUGGUCUCCAAUAGUCUUACUCAUGAAAAUCAAACCUCCAGAAAUCCCUGCAGGAACCUCUCUAAAAAGUCCAUCUGAGGUCCUGCAGAAGACAGAGGAAGGCACUAUAAUAGGCUCAGGCCAACAUCACCUCAUUAGUAGUCAUCAGUGGGAAAACCAGGAUGCGGCAUUUAGGAAAAUGUUCAUGAAGUAUCUCAGCUCCAGCUCUAUGAGACCACCACAGCAGAAAGCAGAAGGUCCCAGCAACUGCACUUGUCACUUCUUGCUGCGUGAGGGGUUUUAUUCCAUGCCUGGGGAAACGAAGGCAGCCAGAGAUAUUCCCAUUUCCAUGUGCCUGUGGUGGAGUGGCAGUCAUAAUCUCUUACAGUAUCAUCUGUUGAAGAAAGAGAAAGACAGUGAACCCAGACCGGAUGUUUUGUGGCCCAAUUCUCAGGAAAUCCUUUGCUCUGCUGUCAGUGCUUGCACACGGUUCAUUGCUCUGGGGCUGGAUGGUCAGCUGGUUACUAUAUGGGACAGACGAUUUGGGUGUCCAUAUGCCAAUAUUGUGAUCCCAGGAGACAGCCCCAUUUGCAGGAUGAAGCUCCUUUUGCGGAGUCAAAUACUGGGUCCCAUCACUCUGGGUCCAGUUUUACCCACACUCCAGUCAGUGCUCACCUGCAGAAGUGGAGAGUGCUACAGUGUGACAGUGAGCAAAGGAGGAGACACGUGCACUGUUCCACUUAUGGAGAGACCCGCUGACCCAAGCAGUUCUGUCUCUGUUGCUGAACCUGUGCCCUUCCUGAAGUGUCUGGUGUUGUUAAUGCAGAGAAAUGGGCAAAUAUCUAUAAGGGAAAUGGAGGAUGGCACAACAAUGUUCGUCUUAAACCUGCCUAACACUUAUGUGCUCGGCUCACUCAGAGAACCUGUGUAUGUGCUCGAACCAGUCCAACAAAAUCUGUAUAUUACAGGUAAACUGAAAAUUAUUUGAUUGACACUUGCAUUCCACUGCACUGCUUUUCCAUUGUUUUUCUAUAUAAAUUGACGAACGAGUUUGACUGUGUUACUUGUGUCUUGGGUCUUUUGCAGUGUCUCACGUAUGACACAGCAUUCUAAAAAUGCAAGGGUCAUGUUUAAAAAAAGAAUUUUAAAGGGAUAGUUCACUAUCCCUUAGCAUCCAAGAUGC